GAGCAGAGCACGUCCAUGAGCUCCACUCCAGGCCGUGGGUUUCCUCUUCAGACCUCUUUACCAACAGAGCCGAGGCCAAAAAGUCUCCUAUGGGGAAGGAGAGGAACGUGGGGCCAAUAAAUGGCAGCGCGGUGCCGUAACCCAGCGAUGAGCAGUGAAAGCAGCCCCUACCCCUGCUUGCACAGACACGCGUGCUGCGGCCGCGCUGUGCCGUGCCAAACUCUGCCAGGCAGCUUUGGGGUCUCCUCCGCUGCUGUUGGGGUCUCCUCUGCUGCUAUUGAGGGCUCCUCUGCUGUUGGGGUCUCCACUGCUGCUGCUGUUGGGGUCUUUUCUGCUGUUGGGGUCUCCUCUGCUGCUGUUGGAGUCUCCACUGAUGUUGGGGUCUCUGCUGCUUUUGGGGUCUCCUCUGCUGCUGUUGGGGGCUCCACUGUUGUUGGGGUCUCCUCUGCUGCUGUUCGGGUCUCCUCUGCUGUUGGGGUCUCCUCUGCUGCUGUUGGGGUCUUUUCUGCUAUUGGGGUCUCCUCUUCUGCUGUUGGGGGCUCCACUGCUGUUGGGGUCUCCUCUGCUGUUGGGGUCUCCUCUGCUGCUGUUGGGGUCUUUUCUGCUAUUGGGGUCUCCUCUUCUGCUGUUGGGGGCUCCACUGCUGUUGGGGUUUCCACUGCUGUUGGGGUCUCCUCUGCUGUUGGGGUCUCUGCUGCUGUUGGGGGCUCCACUGAUGUUGGGGUCUUCACUGCUGUUGGGGUCUUUUCUGCUGUUGGGGUCUCUGCUGCCGUUGGGGUCUCCUCUGCUGCUGUUGGGGUCUCCACUGAUGUUGGGGUCUCUGCUGCUUUUGGGGUCUCCUCUGCUGCUGUUGGGGGCUCCACUGUUGUUGGGGUCUCCUCUGCUGCUGUUCGGGUCUCCACUGCUGUUGGGGUCUCUGCUGCUGUUGGGGUCUCUGCUGCUGUUGGGGGCUCCACUGAUGUUGGGGUCUUCACUGCUGUUGGGGUCUUUUCUGCUGUUGGGGUCUCUGCUGCUGUUGGGGUCUCCUCUGCUGUUGGGGUCUCCUCUGCUGUUGGGGUCUCCUCUGCUGCUGUUGGGGUCUCCACUGAUGUUGGGGUCUCUGCUGCUUUUGGGGUCUCCUCUGCUGCUGUUGGGGUCUCCUCUGCUGUUGGGGUCUCCUCUUCUGCUGUUGGGGGCUCCACUGUUGUUGGAGUCUCCUCUGCUGCUGUUGGGGUCUCCUCUGUUGUUGGGGUCUCUUCUGCUGUUGGGGUCUCUGCUGCUUUUGGGGUCUCCUCUGUUGUUGGGGUCUCCUCUGUUGUUGGGGUCUCCUCUGCUGUUGAGGUCUCCUCUGCUGCUUUUGGGGGCUCCACUGAUGUUGGGGUCCAUUCUGCUGCUGUUGGGGUCCGUUCUGCUGCUGUUGGGGUCCAUUCUGCUGCUGUUGGGGUCCGUUCUGCUGCUGCUGGGGUCCGUUCUGCUGCUGCUGGGGUCCGUUCUGCUGCUGGGACGCGGCGGUCUCUCUUGGAGAUGAGCAGCAACGCGAGGCGCCUCUUUGCUGUUUGCAGUGAAGAACCCCCCAGCAGAGCCCUCGCGGUACCUCUCCGUCCCACC